AUGUCUCAACUGGAUCAUGCGCCAAAGACCCGAACCCGCAAUGGGUGCGCCAACUGUCGACAGAGUAGGGUCAAGUGCGACGGAAAAGAACCCUCCUGCACGCGAUGCUGGCAGAAAGGCUGGCAAUGCACCAGGGAGAAGUUGACUCUCAAAUGGAGGUCGGACUACCAUAGCCGUGGGUUAGCAUUCGGACGGGAAGGAGUCUGGGGGAAAGAAACGCAGUCGAAGAAGAGACCGCAUGUGGUAUCAACUAGGGAACAGAAUUGGCAUCCCAAUAGCACGGUGUAUCCGUGGAGCUUUGUCAAUCAGGAUAUCUCAACACUACAGUGGCUUUACGACGAGAAAAGAGCCCCUGGGCAUCCAUCAUCCAUGGAGAUUAGCGUGAUUGGUCCGAAACGCGACAGGGUCGGAGUGUCAGAGCAGGCCCCUUUGUGGUACUCGCCACCUGUAUUUCCCUACCCACAAGCACAGAAGCACGCGAUCAUGGUUGAGUAUUUCAUCGAUCAAGUCUGCCCUCGGACAACGUCAAGUUUGAAGAUUGCUUCCCCUUUCACGUCCGUGAUCCUACCAUUUUGCUUGAACGGCUCGGCGAACGGGCUCCUAGCGCUUCAAGCACUGGCCGCGUGCUACUGGUCCCAGUCUAACCCAGCGCAUACGAGCACCGCAGUGCGAUUAAAGUCCAAAGUUCUGGGAGAAUUGCGCCGCAAGAUUGCGGCGGACCCCUCCUAUACCAUCUCCCCGGAUCCCGAAGUCCUGGUCCUGAUGAUGAUGUUGAGUCUAUACGACAUAGUCGACCAGUGCGACAAAGGAUGGGUCGUCCAUCUCCAAGGCGCGAAGGAUAUUAUUCGGCUUCGGAGAAGAAACCUGUCCAACGAAAUGCAAUGUCCAGUGACGGCCUUUGCAGAACUAUUCUUCGCUUUCCAGGAUGUCAUGGGCCGCACUGCGUGUGCCAAGGCAGAUUUGUUUGGCCCUUCUUUCUGGGAUCAAACUGACCGUGCCAUCAACUCAUGGAUGGGAUGUAGUCCUGAGCUGGUUUCUAUCCUCUUUUCCAUCCUGGAUCUCAGUCGGAUCCGCCCCAAGAUGGACACCGACUUGGCUCAAGAGGUGGACUUUAGCAUGAGGGCUGCUGCCUUGAACAGAAGAUUGGGAAGCCUCGUACAAGUCUUAGCUGAUCCAGAAGACCGCGCCCUCCAGGCGGUUGCUGAUCUCAAGCGGCUAGCAUGCACGGUCUAUCUACACUGCGCGUUGUACAACGCGGAGCCAUCUACCCCAAUCGUUCGCAGUCUCGUCCGCAGGAUCAUCCAGCAGUUAUCCACGUUGCUGAAAGAGAACCUCAUCAUCAAUGCAACAUGGCCGAUUUUUGUAGCUGCUGUCGCGCUCGAUCCUGCGGAUGGGGAUAAUUGGCAAGAUCCGGUCACUGGGGAGCUGGUCUGUGGACGAGCUUUGGUCCUGAGGGCAUUGGCCACGAUGGCCCAAUCCACGGUCACCAGUGUGGCGCGUGUCCGCUCCAUUAUUGAAACUGUUUGGCAGUCGCGAGACUAUGACUUAGCCACCGGAUCGUCUCGACGGCAAUCAUCUCAGCACAAUGACUGGGAAUGGAUUAUAUCAGACUGGAUAGGAAUAUCCAAUUUACAACAACAAACUUGCCAUAUCAUUAAGAUUACACUCGCCAUGUCUGACCUUCUCCACCGUCCUGGACUGCAAUCCCUCUACAGGGUAAGCAUCCCUCAAGACUUACGGCGAAACCUCUGGCCUGUGAUCGCCGGUAGUUUCUCGCUAGGGAUAUUUUCGUGGGCCGUUCAUGACUAUCGGGAUUGGGCAUUAUUCAACCUGAUGAACAAUUUCCACUCCCAAUAUCCUCAGUUAAUCCGUCUAGACUUGUCAAAAACGGAGGGCGGUACUGCUGAUGCCAUUUAUGCACGGUCGGAACUGCCGACAUGCAAUCCUGAAGCAGCGGCGGUUGGCCAUGAGAUCGCGCAUGCUCACCCGGCUGACAACUCCCUGCAUGUGUUGCUCUCCCCGGCCGAUGCCCGCACUGUGAAUGAAGCCGCCUGGGGUCUGCGAUUUGCGGUCCCAUCAAUGGUUCCUCUCGGAUGGAUCAUGGUAUACGCGCCACGAAACAGCGAGGAGGUAGAUAUUGUUUCUCAGGUCGUCCGAGCUGCAAUUCAGUGGACAACGGGUACGAAGCUGGAUCAAUUUGCCUGA